AAACUGCUGGAAUUUAGAUUCUUAGCCAUUUAUACAAAACAAUGAGUGUAUUUUGCAGCUCUUUGACAGACUCUAUUUCUGUGGCGUAACCAUGGAGGAUGGCGACUUGGUAAUCCGGUUGCCUGGGAGAUCUGCCUCCCCCGUGGGCAGCGGGAGCUCCGGCGCCGGGUUCGGGGAGACGCUGGUGCUGCGGCACAAGGAGGUUCACCACUUCUUCUUUGUCCCCUUCAGGGAGCAGCCCAUCUACAGCACCCGGGCUCACGUCUUCCAGAUCGACCCCAACACCAAGAAGAACUGGCUGCCCACCAGCAAGCACGCCGUCACCGUCUCCUACUUCUACGACAGCACGCGCAACGUGUACCGCAUCAUCAGCCUGGACGGCACCAAGGCAAUAAUCAACAGCACCAUCAGUCCCAACAUGACGUUCACCAAGACCUCACAGAAGUUUGGCCAGUGGGCGGACAGUCGAGCCAACACCGUGUACGGGCUGGGCUUCUCCACCGAGCAUCACCUGUCCAAGUUUGCAGAGAAGUUUGCCGAGUAUAAAGAGGCGGCGCGGCUCGCCAAGGAGAAGAGUCAAGAAAAGUCAGAAAUGGCCACAUCUCCUUCCCAGGAGUCACCGGGAGGCGAGCUCUCGUCACCUCUGACCCCCGUGACCCCGCCAAUGGAAGCCCUGAACGGCACGGACGAAAUCUGCGACACGACCCCGAACUCGGACAGCCGCACGGAGCCGGCGCAGAACGCUCUGGCCUUCGCACACAGUCCAGCCAUGACAAAACACUGGGAGGCUGAGCUGGAGGCGCUGAAGGGGAACAAUGCCAAGCUAACAGCAGCCCUGCUGGAGUCCACCGCCAAUGUUAAGCAGUGGAAACAGCAACUGGCUGCCUACCAGGAGGAGGCAGAGAGACUACACAAACGGGUGACGGAGCUCGAGUGCCAGAGCAACCAAACGCCGGUGAUCAAAUCCCAGAAGACCGAACUCAACCAAACAAUUGAGGAGCUGGAGAAUACACUAAGGGAUAAAGAGGAGGAAAUGGAAAAGUUAAAAGAAGAGCUGGAAACCAUGAACGACCUGAUGGAGCAGAAAGACACUCUUACCCAGAAACUCGAGGAGACCGAGCUCCGCGGUCGGGUGCUGGAGGAGCAGCUGGCGGGCGCCGAGCAGAGGCUGGAGGAGAACCAGGAGGAGCAGGAGAAUUUCAGGAAGAGUCUGCGGACACUGCUGGAGCUGCUGGACGGCAAGAUCUUCGAGCUGACGGAGCUCAGAGACACCUUGGCGCGGCUCAUAGAGGAGGCCAGCUAGAGACGCAGGUGUCUGACCAUCACAGACAGAGCCAUA